GGGGGCUCCAGGAUGUGGCGAAGAGCUGGGGGCAACGUUGGCCAGGGCCGCCUCUGGUGUCCACCGAGGCGUAUCCCCGCCGUGGGAGAGGGCCGGCCACGCCCUGUAUCCCAGAAGGCAGGCAGGACAGCUGCAAGAACAGAGCCUUCCGGACGUCCGCGCGGAUCUCUCCAGUCGGCCCUGGGCCCCUCUCAGCGAGGCGCCCCCUGGCGCGCGGGUGCGCGCCGCCAGCGGUGCGCAUGUGUCGGCGGCGGCGAUGGGGGCGGAGAGGCCCCGGGAGGGGGCAUUGCACGCAGUCGCCCGGGAGCCUCGCCAAAGGCAUGGGCCAUCGACGCCCGUGGAUGCACGUGUUGUUCUCCCUGGAUGCGAAGAGGGGGAUGCCGACCCAGGACAUCUGCGCGGGCCCCCGAAAGCCUGUGCUUGUGCCGCUGUCUGGUCUUCUGGCCUCCCGUCAACGUCGGCGCCGCCACGAAGCACAUGAUCGGCCUGCCCUUCUACCAGGAGAUUGCCCGCGAGAAGGCGCUCAACGUGAACUGGCACCCGGGCCCGCUGGGCCACACCCUGAUCGCCUCGUCCGUGGCGCGCUUCGUCCUCGCCAACCUCCAGCGCGCCCUCUCCGGCGAGAGGCAGAGGACCAAGGGGCCCUCGGACGACAACCCCCUGGUCGGCAAGCCCAUCGCAGGGGCAACCUCGGCGAGCCGCAGUGCGGGAGCCUCCGGCCAGCGCAGUGCCGCACCGGGAUGCUGCCCACCUCCAAGGUCCGGCUGCACGUCAGAGCGACCCUCUGCCAGAGUGGCCUCUGGUGCUGGCGCACGAGUGCGAUCCGACGGCGCGGCUCGCGCGCCCAGAUGGGGCCCCCAGAAGCCGCGCACCAAGGGCCACUCCUGCCUGCAGGGUCACUCUCGCGUGUGCGGCGGGUUUGCAUCGCGUCGGCUCGCCGCGACCGCGACCCCGGCGUGAGCGUUCCAGGUUUAGCGCCGCCAGCGAACCGGCCGCGGCCACGAUGGAACGAUCUGGAGAUCGGGAAUCCGUCGAUCGUCCAAGGCUGGAAGAUGCACGCGCCCAUGCGGUGCGAGAAAAUUUGGGAACCUGCCGUCGCCGACGAGGGCACCCAGCUGAGCAGCGCCAGGGACGCCGGCUCUCGGGACACCUGGCAGCUGGUGGUGUCCCGGCAAGCCGCGGAAGGGCGCACGGAGACCACCGUGGACACGCGUAUGGCCUACAGGGGCACCAGGGCUGACGGGGAGCUGAAGCUCAGCUUCCAGGCGGACAGCGACGGCCAGUACGUGCUGCUCUGCGGGGCCCCCUGCAGCUGGUGGUGCAACGGCAACGCCGGCUUCGUGUCCUCGAAGUCGCAGCGCUGGUGGCCCAAGGACGGGCCCGAGCGUAAGAACGUGAGCGACUUGACAUUCUCCAUCGACGGCCGCGACAUCUCCGGCGGCGAGCUGACCAGGCUGCACGACGAGAUGUUCCACCAGGAGACUGGUAAGUUCUGCCCAGGGUGCAAGAACCCAAUGGACCUCUGCCAGCCGGUGGCCAAGGUGGCCAAGGGCAGGCACACGGUCGGGGCAAGGGUUGAGCCCCGCACCAGGGCCGCGAUCGCCCCAGCCGAUGUCCCGCACAUGCAGGAGGGUGAGGAGAUGUUCGUCGAAAUAUUGGAGAUGUUGGUGGUGGGGUGA